AUGCGACCUUCUGAAGGCUGGUCCUUGUCCGCUGGAAGGGCCUUCUUGGCUCUGUCCUCAAUUAUACAGCUCACCUCUGGAGCCGUCAUAGGAAGCUCUAGCGGUAGAAGCUCCUCCGUUUCCACAUUUUCUCCAUCGACAUCUUCGAGUUUUAGGGCUAGCAGUGGACAAAACAAAAGCUCCAUUGACCCUUCUUCAAGCAGCCCCUCUUCAUCUGCACCCAAGCAAACAAAUUCUGCAGUCAUUAUUUCGAGCGGCGUUUCCUCUUAUGGAGUUGGGUCCAGUGCGUCCAACGUGAUUCCCACGUCAAGCUCCAAGCCAUUGAUUAGCACGGGAAGCGUUGCUCAAAACACGGAUAGCUUGGUGUCCUCGACUGUGCCAGCUUCUUCACAACCUACAAGCGCUCCACCAUCUACCUCAACUACGAUACCAGUUCGCAGCACCGGAAGUUCAUCUAUCAGCAGCAGCAUCCAGGGACCAUUUUUUUCGAGUACCACCCAACCUUCUAGCAUUCGAAUCUCAUCCCUCACCAGCAGCGUUCCGGGGUCUUCUUUAUCCAGCGCCGACCAGGCUUCUAGCAUUGGGAGCCCUGGAAGCUCAAACCAGAGUACCAGCAACAUCGUUUAUUCGUUCUCCGGUGCUUCACCUACAGCCAGCCCCAGUACUAGUCUCGGUGUUUUAUCAACUCCGCCCUCAGGCAGUGGUAGCAGCAAGAGUCUCGCUCCGUCCAGUGCAAACUCAGACAGCCCUUCCAUAGUAUCUUCCACGAUUGUUAAAUCAGGUAGCACUGUGGCAGUCUCGGUUAUUACUGGCGGCUCAGACUCAACCCCAAUUACUCUUCCGCCUGUCACAUCGACUAUCCAAAGCUCUGAAGCAACAUCAAGUGUGUCUUCAGUGUCCUCGGAUAUUGCUGGUUUGAUUCCAAUCAUCAAUUCUUGGAAGAACAACCCAGAUUAUCUCAAGACUGAGACCCUUGAUAAGGUCAAAGCAAUUCGAGGAGAAGUCGAGGGACUGAUUUCUGAUCUUGGUGGCUCAUCUUCCUCUUCCGGGUGUAACUCAAAGAAGAAGAGAGGAUUGUUUGGUUCCAUUGGAAAUAUCAUUACUUCAUUGACCUGCAUCGAUGAGGAUCUGGGCAAGGUCACAGACGACAUCAACACAAAGAACAUUGAUUCCAUUGACGACACGCUGGAUGAGCUCACAGAGAAUAACGACAACCUCACAGAGAACGACAAUGAAGACAACAGCGAGAGAAGCUCCAAUUCUGAUUCAUCAACCACGACCUCAUCCUCUUCAUGCACAGAUUUAUCGACUGCAUUCAAGGUGACCGUGAAGUGUGUACCUACGUCUUUUGUGACUGGGAGUUCCACUCUUCCUACCACAACUUGUACACCCUCAACAACUGUCACUACCGCUGGAUGCUCAGUUACCGGGCUGACAACCACCAUUUCAACCUCUGCUUCAGCAACUGGCACCCAAAUCCCGUGUGCUUCUGAUACAUGUGGCAAGUCAUGCCCAAUGAACAAAGGUCCUCUUAGUGGUGCUAGCAUGGGUGUGGUAGCAACCACAGAGAAUUGUGCAUUGAUCUCAACAAGUACAACUGCUACUUUGCCAACUGGAAGCUAUGGUAUUGCUGGGAGCAUUGGAGUAACAGCACCAACACAGUCUAGCUCUGCAUCCAAGAGAAGCCAGUCUAGCAGCCAUGAAAAUCACCUCGUGGAUCGCUCAUUAGUUGAACGUGCUCUUGCAGAUGUUUCGCCUCCCUACGCAGACUAUGUUAGGUCUCUGACGCCUGUCUGGGUCAGUCAGUCGGGUGAUGCAUCGGGUCAAUGGUUUGACUUCCCAACAUUUGGUCACUCGGCUGCUGGUGUAAAUGGUAUAUACGGCUGCACAGCGGUGAUCAUUGCAUCUGAGAAGGGUGUUUACAUAUCUCAUAUAUGGGAGAGUCCAGUGUUCAUUCAUGGUGAUUUCAGUCCAACCGAUGACAGUUACUUUGUAUCAACUGCUUUCAAUUCCCUACGGGAUGGUACUGCAUCUGCACAAAGUGUGACAGAUCUGAUUGGUUCCGAUCAGAGCCCGGGUGUUCUAAAUGCCAUCUACGCCCCCAAAGUGUUCGUACUCACGCCUUAUACUACAGACUUCGAUCGGCAAAUGUUCGGCAUCUCAACCAGGCUGAGGUAUCAAGACCGUGCCAAUGACCUCGCGCAACGAUUGGCAAAUGUCAUCCCCGGAUCUGGCGGACAAGGCAUUGUCAUGGGAUACACACGCACGAGUCAACAAGCAUCUACCCAGGAGCCAGGUGUCGCAGGAAGAGCUAUUCUUGAGGUCGACCCUUUCCAAACGUGGCUCACCACACCCAAUGAUCCAGGCUCUGCGGGUCUUCAAGUUGGUCGCUGGCGCCUGUGGGUAGAAGAUCAGUUGAUAACUUACCAAGACUUCUGGCUUCCCCACGCAGCAGCUCCUGCAGGAAGUUUCCAGAAACGUGAUGGUGGUUAUGCAAACCCCUGUAGCAGCUACACCAAUUCUUCCAGCUCUAGCUCAAGUAGCUAUGGAAUCAGUACCUCCCUAGCCUCUAGUGCAACUACUUUCCGGAGCUCCAUUUCUACCUCGCAUCCAUCAUCUUCCGAAAGGUCGUCAUCCUCAUCGGCGUUCCCAUCAGCCACAUCUUCAGCCCCAGGAAAUGUAUCAUCGGGAAUAGCUUCGUCAUCACCUUCAGGGUCAUCUUCCAUGCCCUCUUCAGAAGCAAGCUCUCCACCCACAUUAAAAUCAUCAUCAACAUCAAGCUCGUCAUCGGCACCAAGCUCAUCUGGACUGAGCUUCUCACAUGGAUCAAGUUCUUCAAUGCCUGUAUCAUCUACAGGACCAGCUUCAUCGGCAGCCCCAGCCUCAUCUUCAGGCAUAACCUCAGCCCCGAUCACAUCUACAUUAAGUCCGAGCUCAACCUCAACCUCCCAAAGCUCAUAUGUAUGUUUCAACCAAGGUGGCCCUAUGGUCGCAACUCCAUACUGUCAAUGUACUACAACAUCUGAUGGAGAAGGAUACUAUGCGACAGCUCCACUGAUUUCCGAUCACUGCACCGAUUAUACCACCUUCCCAUCAAGCAUCACACCAAAGUCAACUGUAACUCAAGCACCGACAACAGCAACCCCCGAGCCUAUUGUCAAGACUGAAGAUGGAAACAUCGUCUCCUACCCUUCGCGAACUCUUGAAUACGGAGAAGUCUAUGGCAAACAAUACACAUUCACAAAUGGCGCUGGAUCCCCUGUCACCUUAGAGACGGCGGCUCCAACUCAGACUGAUGUUAACAACAAGGGCUCGAGCCAAUGCUCCAGUGUUGAUGAUGCUUGCCAGCGUGCCUAUGAGCAGUUUGAGGAUGAUACUGUCUACAGUGGCUUUGCAUCCUAUACUGCCAAGAUCCAGAGUGGCAUGGUCAUGGUUGCGACCUUUGGCCAAGCUGGUUGUGUUGCCCAGUAUAAGUGUGAUGACUAUGGAUUUGGAAUGACCGGACGACAGAUCAAGGAUGCCAUCGAGUAUAUGAAGGACAAUGACGGCGUCAAGAAGUGUGGAACUACCUAUCUUUCUAACUCGUGCCAUGUCACACUGAACUACUGUACCAGUUGCAAGUCGCAACACUGA